AGUAUUCCGACUUGCAUUAUUUUUGAAGCCCUUUUUUUCUUUCUCAUUUUUCCUUGUCUUUCUGCUUCUUUCUCGAUUACUGAAAAAAAUUCUUUUUUUUUUCAAAUUAUUUCUCUCGCCAAUCUGAUUCUUCUUUUGUGUAAAGAGGGACCAAAAACCAAAAAAAAAAGCAAACAAAAUACAAUACUAAACAAUAAACUCAUAUGGUCAACGCUAAAACUAUUGCUACACUGACGGGCGCAGUCGCCAAUGGCAACGGGCGCCUUUAACGCAGCUGAUAUCAAGAUCUUGCUCUUGGAAAACAUCAAUGAAACGGCCGUGACAGCAUUUAGAAAGCAAGGUUAUCAGGUGGAGACAUGCAGCAAAGCGCUUGUAGGAGAUGAGUUGAUCCAGAAAAUUCGCUCUGUUCACAUUAUCGGUAUCCGCUCAAAAACCAAGUUAACCAAACAGGUGUUGGAUGAAGCCCAUCAUUUGAUAGCCAUUGGAUGCUUCUGUAUUGGUACCAACCAAGUAGAUCUUCAGACAGCCGCAAAGAAGGGGAUUCCAGUGUUUAAUUCUCCCUUCAGCAAUUCUCGAUCGGUGGCGGAACUGGUGAUUGGGGAGAUCAUUUCGUUGGCACGACAGCUCGGUGACCGUAACAACGAAAUGCACCAAGGCAUAUGGAACAAGGUAUCGAAAGGAUGCUUUGAAAUCCGGGGUAAAGUGCUUGGCAUUGUAGGCUAUGGCCACAUUGGGUCGCAAUUGUCGGUGCUAGCAGAAGCGAUGGGUUUGACGGUGUACUAUUACGAUGUGUUACAACUCAUGCCGCUGGGGCAAGCCAAGCAGCUCGAGACAUUGGAAGAUCUAUUAUCGGUUUCAGAUUUUGUGUCACUUCACGUGCCAGAGCUGGAAGACACCAAAGGCAUGAUGGGCGAACGCGAAAUUUUGCACUGUAUGAAGAAAGGUGCUUAUCUCCUGAAUAAUUCUCGAGGUACUGUCGUCCAGAUACCGGCCCUCGUCAAAGGCCUAAAGACAGGUCACCUUGCCGGUGCAGCCAUUGACGUAUACCCCAAAGAACCGGCAUCCAACGGGCCCCACUUUUCAGACUACCCCGAUCUCCUCGAUUGCCCCAAUUUGAUCCUGACCCCGCACAUAGGCGGGUCCACCGAAGAGGCCCAACGUCUGAUUGGCCAAGAAGUAUCACACACCUUAAUCCGCUACAUCAGCCAAGGCAGCACGCGAGGUGCUGUCAACUUUCCGGAAAUGCACUUGUGUUCCAUUCAAGAACAACCCAAAGACGUGGUGCGCUUACUACAGGUUCAUCCAAACAUUCCAGGUGUAGUCAGGCUUGACAACGGUUCUAUUGGCCAGCAGCAUGAUCAAGCAGAGAAGCAAUGUUCGGCGGACCCUUCAGAAGAAAAGGCGACGGCGAGUCUUAUGGAUAUUACGCAAGUGUCCCAAGAUUCCUUGCAACACUUGUACAACGCUAUCAGUACCUCUCAUGCCAACAUUCAAUCCGGAAUUCUCUAUUAACCCAUUCGCCAUUCAUUCGCAUGUCCCUUUUUUUUAUCCCUUCUCCUCAUCAUUGCUUGUAUGUUCUUUCUCAUAUAAUAAAUCCAACGCAUUAUUUUUUGACAACUUUUAUCUU